AUGUUGAACCUCAUGGACUUCUCCCGCCAGGAAACCCCGAGACCCGAAGACGGACUGUUCCCCGAGCAAGGAGAACAGCUGCCGCCGCUCCUGAGCCAGCCCCCAAGGGAAGAAGCCCCCGAUUAUUUCGCAGCCUUCUCUGCCCCAGAAGGUCACCCACGGCCAUCCGAGGCCAGCUAUACCAUCCCAGAGGCCCUCCAGAACCACCUAGACCUCUAUUCUACCUGCCAACCAGAACUGAACAUCUCCGUACAGCCGUCUUUGCCUGAACAAGCCUACUCUUCCUUCUCGGGUCCGGAGAGCCUCCCGCAGUUCCAAGCUUCUCCUGAACCCAGGACCACUUCCAACUGCCUCUUUCAGAAGGACCUUCUGGAUUCCAAGCAGGACCUGAAGUUGUCCUCCGUCUCCCCCGCCGCGGAGAAGUUCAAAUCUUCCUGCUCCCCCUGGGAGCACCUCAACCAACCUCACCAUUAUAUGCUGGCUGAGGGUCCCACUCCGGAGUCUUUCCACCCCGCAGAGUCAACUCAAACCCAACUCUUUCCUCACAUGGUCUCCAAGACGGAGAAUGCCUUGACGGUCAGCUGUCAGUCGGAGCUGAACGCACUCUCGGAACAUUCCAGCUCUUUCGGGCCUCCCUUGGAUUUUGGUUGCAACGCCGAGGCCUUCCUAAGCCACAGCCCGCUCUCCGCUGACUUCGUAGACACCAAGGCCCCUAAACUUUCCCCUCCGUUCAACCCAGAGUUUGAAGCUCCUGCCUCCCAUCUGGAAGUCCUCACCUCUUUGAUGAACCCCAACGGUCUCAAGCUGCCUGCCAACCCUGCCUCGUCAUCCGUCCCCAUGGCGGACUUUUUAACUCACCUCCCGAGUUCUUCCGCCAACAGUUUGGGACUUGGCCGGCCCCCCGGCAGCCUGGCGGGCCCCAAGAAGAAAGGCCGGCGUGGGAAAUGUUCUUCGAAAUGCUUUUGUCCCAAACCUCACGAGAAGGCCUUCGCCUGCCCGGUGGAGAACUGCAUCCGGAGCUUUGCGAGAUCGGACGAACUCAACAGACACCUGCGAAUCCACACGGGCCACAAGCCCUUCCAGUGCCGCAUCUGCCUGAGGAACUUUAGCCGCAGCGACCACCUGACCACCCACAUCCGGACCCACACGGGGGAGAAGCCCUUCUCCUGUGACGACUGCGGCCGGCGCUUCGCCCGGAGCGACGAGAAGAAAAGGCACAGCAAGGUCCACUUGAAGCAGAAAGCCCGGGCCGAAGAGAAGCUCAAAGGACUUGGGUUUUACACCAUGGGCUUUUCUUUCGGGACGCUCUAA